AGCGUGAAUCCCUUCGCGAACAGUCUCCCCACGUGCGGCCGGCAUGCUGCCCCUCCAGUCUAGGAAUUCGCCUGCCUCACCCGCAGCGCCGAUCCGACGCGGUGGUUUCCUCCCGAGAAAGCGGAAUCCUCGGGGCUCUGCCGCGAUCGCCACAGCUCCGUCGCGGAGCCGCUCCACUUCCGGGUGCGACGUCCACCCAAGGAUGAGCGGCGGCCCCCCCAAGCCACGCCUCUGAGUCGCGCUGCGCAGGCGCCGUUGAACUGACGGCUUUGCUGUUGUUGACUUUGCAGGCGCUCGUGCCCCGGUAGCCCAGGCCUCCGAGCUGCCUCUAACAGGUGUUCCCAAGGGUGGGGGCGUCUUCGCGCGCGAGGGGCUAGAAGCUACGGACCUGGGUCCUGCUGGCGCAAUGGGCAGCAGCUGUCGCAUCGAGUGCAUAUUCUUCAGCGAGUUCCACCCCACGCUGGGACCCAAGAUCACCUAUCAGGUCCCUGAGGACUUCAUCUCCCGGGAGCUGUUUGACACGGUGCAGGUGUACAUCAUCACCAAGCCAGAGCUACAGAACAAGCUCAUCACUGUCACAGCCAUGGAGAAGAAGCUGAUUGGCUGCCCCGUUUGCAUCGAGCACAAGAAGUACAGCCGCAAUGCCCUGCUCUUCAACCUGGGCUUCGUGUGUGAUGCCCAGGCCAAGACCUGUGCCCUCGAGCCCAUCGUCAAAAAACUGGCCGGCUACCUGACCACCCUGGAGCUAGAGAGCAGCUUCGUGUCCACAGAGGAGAGCAAGCAGAAGUUGGUGCCCAUCAUGACCAUCUUGCUGGAGGAGCUAAAUGCCUCGGGCCGGUGCACUCUGCCCAUCGAUGAGUCCAACACCAUCCACUUGAAGGUGAUUGAGCAGCGACCAGAUCCUCCUGUGGCUCAAGAGUAUGAUGUUCCUGUCUUUACCAAGGACAAGGAGGAUUUCUUCAAUUCACAGUGGGACCUCACCACGCAACAGAUCCUGCCCUACAUUGAUGGUUUCCGCCACGUCCAGAAGAUCUCUGCUGAGGCAGAUGUGGAGCUCAACCUGGUGCGCAUUGCCAUCCAGAACUUACUGUACUACGGCGUUGUGACACUGGUGUCCAUCCUCCAGUAUUCCAAUGUGUACUGCCCGACACCCAAGGUCCAGGACCUGGUAGAUGACAAGUCCCUGCAGGAGGCGUGUCUGUCCUACGUGACCAAGCAAGGGCACAAGAGGGCCAGUCUCCGGGAUGUGUUCCAGCUGUACUGCAGCCUGAGCCCUGGCACUACUGUGCGAGACCUCAUUGGCCGCCACCCCCAGCAGCUGCAGCACGUUGAUGAGCGGAAGCUGAUCCAGUUUGGGCUUAUGAAGAACCUCAUCCGGCGGCUGCAGAAGUACCCUGUGCGGGUGUCUCGGGAGGAGCGGAGCCACCCUGCCCGGCUUUACACGGGUUGUCACAGCUACGAUGAGAUCUGCUGCAAGACAGGCAUGAGCUACCAUGAGCUGGAUGAGCGGCUAGAAAACGAUCCCAACAUUAUCAUCUGCUGGAAGUGAGGCCUGUGCGGGGUGGACAGGGCAUACGGGUCUGGGCACUCCCUCCUGCUAAGCCCUGCCUGGUGCCACAUCCAGACUGGCUUGAGGUUAACUCUCAGUUCUGUAAAUAAAUUAAUUCAUUUUAA